AUGAAAAGAUACAGAUUUGGAGGAGGAGAAGAGAUGGACAGGAUUAGAAUGGUCAAUAUUCUAAUGCUUCUGUCUCGAGGAGGCGGCGUAGGGGAGAGCGAGAAGUCGUCGGCGGGACGAGUGUUCAAGUGCAAAACAGGCAGCCGGCGGUUCCCUUCCUUCCAAGCGCUCGGAGGCCACCGAGCAAGCCACAAGAAGCUGAGGGCGGCUGGCAAUGACCAUGGCCGACCGCAAGGCGGUGCUGCUGGGAAGCCAAAGCUCCACGAGGGCUCCAUCUGCGGCCUCGAGGUCACCGUCGGACAGGCCUUAGGAGGGCAUAUGAGGCGGCACAGGGCCGCGGGCGACAGGAGAGGGAUGCCUUUGGACUUGAACUUACCGCCAUUGGAGAACGAUCUCGAGCUUGUACCAAGGUUGGAGAUCGUAAACAAUAUUCCCAUGGUUGAUCGCUCACACUGA